AAAAAAGGUAUUAAGUUUCUAUUGAACACUAUAAAGAAUCAAUAAAGUCAAUAACUACUUUGUAAAACUAUAACUAAGCCUCUAUAUUAUAAUUAAUAUUUAAUAUAAGAUUUGAUAAAUGUUUAAAAGUAAAAAAAACUGAUAAUUUAUUUAAAUAGGCCAAGUAAUAUAAUACAAUUGAACUUAAGAGACAAGUAAAAGAAGUAGGCCUACGGUAACAUUCUACAUCUAUAUCGUACAAUAAGUUAUACAAAUCAGUUAUGAGAUUAGAGCAAGAUAUGUCUAAAAAUUAAAUGAGACCUAUAAAUAUAACUUUUGAACAUUUAACAAUAUCUUCAAACAGGGGAAAUAUUUUAAUGGACAUACAAAGUAUUCUGUCUUAAUGAGUAAUUAAUUAGCGACUAGGUUAUCUGAUAAGUUCCAUAAAGCAAGAUAGUAAAAAGUUAAAAAUGUUAAAAAUCACUAAAAAGCUUUCUAAUCAGUGUCCAUUAUGUAGAAAGAUCUUUUCAUGUCAGACAAAAAUGAGGAAUCAUAUAUUGAAGCAUACAGGUGAGCGUCCCUUUAAAUGUUUGAAAUGUGAGAAAACAUUUAUCCGACUAGAUCAAGUAACGAGUCAUUUAAUGAUGCAUUCUGGAGAGCGGCCUUUUAAGUGCAAUACUUGUGAAAAAACCUUCACAACCAAAAAAGGUAUGGACAGUCAUAAAUUAGUUCAUACGGAAGAGAGACCUUAUACCUGCACUGCAUGUGGAAAAUCCUUCAGAUUUAAAAGCAAUUUGAAGGUACAUACAUUGCUUCAUAUGGGACAGCGACCUUAUAAGUGCACUUCAUGUGGAAAAUCCUUCAAAAACCAGAGCAAUAUGAAAUUACAUACAUUGGUUCAUACUACUGUAGAGCGACCUUAUAAGUGUAAUACAUGUGGAAAAUCCUUCAAAUUUAAGAGAAUUUUGAAGAACCAUACAUUGGUUCAUACUGUAGAAAGACCUCAUAAAUGUGAUACAUGUGGAAAAUCCUUUACAGCCAAAAAAUAUUUGAAGAUACAUACAUUGGUUCAUACUGGAGAGCUACCUUACAAGUGCACUACAUGUGGAAAAUCCUUUAGAUACAAAAAUGGUAUUACGAAACAUAAAUUUUCCCAUACUGGAGAGCUGCCUUAUAAGUGCAUUACAUGUGGAAAAUCAUUCACAAGCAAAAGCUAUAUGAAGGAACAUAAAUUGAUUCAUACUGGGGAUGGAGCUUAUAAGUGCAAUAUAUGUGGAAAAUCCUUCAUAUCCAAUUCAAAAAUGAAGAAACAUACAUUGGUUCAUGCAGGAGAGAGACCUUUUGAGUGCACUACAUGUGGAAAAUCUUUUAGAAGCAAAAGUAGUUUGAAGGAACAUAUAUUUGAACAUACUGGAGAGCGACCUUAUAAGUGUACUACGUGUGGAAAAUCCUUUAAAGCUAAAAAUAAUUUGAGGAAACAUACAUUUGUUCAUACUAGAGUCCGACCUUAUAAAUGUACUACAUGCAGAAAGACUUUUAUAACCAUUGGCCAACUGAAGAGACAUACAUUGGUUCAUACUGGAGAGCGGCCUUAUAAGUGCAAUACAUGCGGAAAAUCCUUUACAUUCAAACCCGACUUGAAGAAACAUACAUUGGUUCAUACUGGAGAGCGACCUUAUAAGUGUACUACUUGCGGAAAAUCCUUCACAACCAAUAGUUUCAUGAAACGACAUGCAUUUGUUCACACUGGAGACAGACCUUAUAAAUGCAAUACCUGCAAAAAGUCCUUUAUAACCAGUGGCCACUUGAAGAGACAUAAAUUGAUUCAUACUGAAGAAAAACCGUAUACGUGUCAUACAUGUGGAAAAUCCUUUACCGAAAAAACUAACUUGAAGAAUCAUACAUUGGUUCAUACUGGAGAGCGACCUUAUAAGUGCACUAUUUGCGGAAAAUUUUUCUCAACCAAUAGUAUAAUGAAGACACAUACAUUGAUUCAUACUGGAGAGCGACCUUAUAAGUGCACUACUUGCGGAAAAUCCUUCACAACCAAAAGUAUAAUGCAGACACAUUCAUUGAUUCAUACUGGAGAACGACCUUAUAAGUGCACUAUUUGCGGAAAAUCCUUCUCAACUAAUUGUGCAAUGAAGAAACAUACAUUGAUUCAUACUGGAGAGCGACCUUAUAAGUGCACUACUUGCGGAAAAUCCUUCUCAACCAAAAGUAUAAUGCAGACACAUUCAUUGGUUCAUACUGGAGAACGACCUUAUAAGUGCACUAUUUGCGGAAAAUCCUUCUCAACCAAUAGUGUAAUGAAGAAACAUACAAUGGUUCAUGCAGGAGUUUGACCGUAUAAGUUCACUUCAUAAAAAUCCUUCAGAGCCGAAAGUAAUAUGAAUGAACAUGCAUUAGCAUAUACCGGAGAGCGAUGAAUGCACCACAAUUGCAAACUUCUUAAGAAUUAUAAAACCUUUGAUGUAACAAAAAUCUGUUCAAACCGGAAAAUGACUCACAUACGUUCAUUACAUAGGAAAAAAUCUUACACCUAAAUGCUAUUUAAAGGAACACUAGUAGCAAGCGUCACUUUGUAAUUUCAGAAUCCAUUACAUUUUUUCAUUAAUGUACAAUUAAUGCUCUGAGCUAAAUUAAUUAUCUAUUUUAUACGUGAUAAUCAUUAACUUAUCACUGACUUAUUUUUAAGCAAACCCUGAACAUAACAUUGUUAUUAUUAGUUUUUUCCAAUACAAUAUAAAAUCACGCAUAAAUAAAUGGUAUCAGAAAUCUGACGUAUACUUUCUCCCAUAAGCUUGUCAACAACCUUUAACCUCAACAACCUCUAAAGGUUUUUAGAUCAUGUGAGCUAUGAUAAUUUUGUAGGAAAUAAUCACAAAAGUUGUUAUAACUUUUGAACAGUAAUUGUUACAGUAAUGGGGAUUGCAUUAUUUUGUUUAGAAUUAUAAGGACCAUAACACAUUAAUUUUAAUAAAAUACCCCCGCCGCAGCAAACCUGCAGACUAAGCGAAUUUCCAUUUGCCUGAUUGGAUUUACACUAAAAUGUCUCCUUAAAAAUAUUACAUUUAUUCCCUAUUUAAAUAGCAUUUGUUUAACAAGUACCUACUUAGGUUUGCUG